AUGUCUUCAUCCUGUGUGCUAUAUGUAGGGGCAAUCCCGUAUAAUUGGGACGUUGAUGUCAUCCAGAGUGUUGUUUGUGGCUCAGGACCAGUUGUUGAUGUCCGAUGCAUGAUGGACAACGCUUCGAAGAAUAAGGGGUUCUGCUUUGUGGAGUACCUCACUCCCUUGGACGCCUUGAACGCACUCUCGAUCUUGAGCAAGGUGAGAAUCGAAGGCCGCAAGAAACUGAGAAUCGAGUUGUCGAAGGAAGGAUUAAGGAAUUCCCAACAUUUGAACAAACCGGUUCUUAAGUUGAACCGGUUGUUGUUGCCGUCAAAUGUCAUACUACCGCCAGAGAUGCAGAAGGUGCCUGAAAAUGUCGGUGAUAUAGACGACGACAUGGACUUGCAGAUUGUUGACGACAGAUCGCACAUUCGUUUAUUGAAACGUUCAAUACGAGACAACCCAGAUAUUAAAGCAAUGGCCUCUCAAAUGAUAGCCAAUGGUAUGGACCUACGACAAAUAUCGUCUUUGAUAUCGCAGUUCAACGCCAAGAAUAACGUACAACAGUUACAGAACGCCCAACACCAGCAUAUACAGCAACAGCAGCAGCAGCAGCAGCAACAACAACAACAACAACAACAACAACCGAUACUUCCACAGCAACCAAUACCUUCACUUCCAUUGCCUCUGCAACCAUCGAAACAACAGCAACAGCAACAGCAACAACCUCCACAACCAAUAAAUGCUUCAUCUUAUCUCCCCGCUCCAACGCCGUCAAUGCAAACUGCACUUCUACCGAACCAAGACCCAAUUUCAAAGACUUUAUCUACAAUCCCGCCCGGUGUUUUGAUUGAACUUUUAGCAAAGCUCAAGCUCUUGCUAUCCACCCCUAACCCAACACCACAGACGUAUGCAGAGGCAGCUUCGAUUCUUAAUGCGAACCCAAAGUUAGCUGUGGCUGCUGCCCAAGCUUUGCUAUUGAUGGGGAUCGCAGACCCUGCCACGGCUACAUCAAACGCAGAUAUACCACAAGAAUGGGCUACCUUCCCGCCUCAAACAAUAGCCAAACUCAGGCUCCUCACACCGCAAGAAUCGAGUUUAAUCGCCCAAGUUCUACAACUGACUCCACAGCAAAUCGCUGUUCUCCCUCUGAGCGAACGUCAAAUGGCCACCCAGAUAAGAAACGAGUACCUAUAA